CUUACCCCCUUAGCUUCCUCGCUCUCUUCAGGCCCCCCCUUGUCUGCCUGCCAUUGUCUGUCACAAGGUACGGAACGAGCACGACAAGUAUUCAUGCCAUCAUCCUCUCACUCUCUGUCUUCAGUCCACCCAGCCGUCAGGCACCGCACGCAGCCUCACUCAACGAACAGCUGCGCCCUGCCAUCCGUAUCUCCCCGUCUGUCCCGCGCCAUGGUCUCCGCCCUCCGCCCCUCCCUCGCCCUCUCCCUGGGUGCCUUCCUCGCCCUCUCCGCCUCCGCCCAGGUGUUCCUCCAGCCACACACACACACAUUUCUACACCAGCAGCAUCGUGAGCAUGGCAGCGCGCCCCACACGUACCUCGCUGAGAUCGACAGCAAGGAGGGGUCGAACUUCCCCGAGGCCGAGAUGCUGCUGGAGCGUGUGAUCCAGCUUAAGACGCUGCUCGAGGACAUGGGCGGCGGGGUCGACAUCGUGAAGCGCGGCCACGCCCUGACGGUCAGCAAGGGCCGGCGCGGAGGGGGAGGGGGAGGGGGAAGGAAGAGCACAGGCAGGGGCUACUUGCCGCCGCUGCCUGACCUGACGGACUUGUUGCCGGUGUUCAACAAGACCUAUGAUUACGAUGAGUACUACUACAGCCAUGGCGAUGAGGCCGGUGAGUAAGAGCAUACCCCCUGAUCGUAGCUAGACAGGAGGGGUGGGAGGCGUCGGGGUGUUGGAUUGGAUCUGUGGUGUCAUCUCUGUGCGAUGGUUUUGGCAGAUGGCGGUAGUGCUACUCAUGGGGGCUACCCCGGCUACCGCCCGCCCAAUAAUGGUGGCGGUGGCAAGGGCGGUGACUCGGGGGAUGACAAGGACGACGCAGAUGACGUCAAAGACGAUGUCGACGACGCCAAGGACGACGUCGACGAUGUCAAAGACGAUGUGGUGAGAACAGAGAGAGAGAGAGAGAGAUGCGACCCACAUGUUUCAUGAUUCCUUGUCUGCUGGAUCAGGAUGACCUGAGUGACGACAUUGACGACCUCAAGGACGACAUCGACGACCUGCAGGACAUGAUCGAUGGCAUCGAGAUGCCAUCACCCCCUCCCCCGCCCCCAAAUGUGACGGAUGACAACGUCACCGACAUCGACGACGACGACCUGGACGACCUCGAUGAGACACUCGCCUUCAUUGGUGAAGGUGAGACACCCACACGAACCAACAAGACUGGUCAUCUUUUCUGUCUCCCGUGUUUGCAGGUCGCGAGAUGCCCGGCCGUCAGUCCGGCCCAGCGGCCCCUUGUCCAGGUGCGUACCCCUUGCACCAACCAAUUCGUGUGAUCCCUCCAUCAUCAUGUGUACGUGUGUUGUGUCUCGUGUGCAGGUGGGUUUCAGGAGGUGAAAGGCACCACGGCUGAGGGCAGCAUCGACGUGCUGGGAUACGUUGCCUUCGACACCAAGGAGUUCGCCCGCUACUUCAUGAUGGCCCUCGACUCCCAAAAGAGCGGCGACGCCGACCUCUUAGUCAUCAACUACGAGACGGGGUGAGCGGAUGACGAGCAAUGGCAUGAUUGCCCGUGUUGCUAUUGGUGCGUCUAUGUGUCGUGAUUCGUUCAGCCAUUACGGAGGGAGCUUUGCCUUCAGCGAUCAACACCAGAAAGACGGUGGGUGGAUCAGGGCGCUGAGAGAGCACUGACAUGAGCUUUCCCAUCUGCGGUUCUGCGUGUGUGCAGUGGUAGCGGUGCGCACCAGUGCUGUCGACGAGGUCGACAUUGCCGUGGGGUGCUACUCGGGCGGCUCAUGCAAGUGGAGUCUGCUGCUGUUCGAGCACACCGGCCACUGUGAGCCUGCCGCCCCCGCCGGCCGCAGCAUCGACGGCGUCGGUAUCUCUAUCUCGAAGAGCAUCCCCGUCUUCCAGGGCUGAUCGGAUGACGGACGGCUGGGCCACCACACAUGUUAACGUUGCUAUGUGGCUGUUUGACUGACUGACACACGUGUCUCUAUCUAUCCAGUCGCUCUGUAUUCUCUCUGUCUGUCCUGUAUAUGAGUACUCUGCGUCUCUACUUUCCCAUUCGGGUGUGAAUUCAUUUGUGCUGCAUUGGCCGGCCGGUCAGUGAGGCCGCUGUCUAUCGG